AUAGUUGAACUCCGCAACAGUAGGCGGUAGUCUUGAGUCUGGUUAAUCUUCUGGUGUCCGGAAGUGGUCGGUAAAGAAAAGGUUAAAGAGCACCAGGGAUACCUCGGCUAUUGACAAUUGUUUGUGAUUCUGCAGGGAUGGAAGUGACAAGAAAAAAUUUUAAAGACAGCUUAAGCACCGUAUACAGUGCUAUUGACGAAGCCGACUUUCUUGCCAUAGACGGGGAAUUUUCAGGAAUAAGCGAUGGUCCCUCGGUCAGUGCACUCACUAAUGGUUUGGACACGCCAGAGGAGCGUUACGAAAAGCUAAAAAAGCAUUCCAUGGACUUUCUCCUUUUCCAGUUCGGUAUCUGCACUUUCAGAUAUGAUCAGUCCGAAUCAAAGUAUCUUACAAAGUCUUUUAAUUUUUAUAUAUUUCCAAAGCCAUUUAGUAGGAAUUCUCCAGACAAAAAGUUUAUUUGCCAGAGUUCCAGCAUAGACUUCCUUGCCAGUCAGGGAUUUGAUUUCAACAAAGUCUUUCGUAAUGGGAUCCCCUACCUGAACCAGGAAGAGGAAGUUCAGCUGCGAGAGCAGUACGAGGAGAGGCGGAAUCAGUCUAACGGGGCAGGCACCCAAUCCUUCAUCUCGCCUUCCAAGGGACCCAUGAACGUUCCGGAGGAACACAAGGACUUUAUCAACAGGGUGAUAGAGAAAGUCGAGGGUCUUCUGAACAACUCGGAGAAAACGGUUGACUUGGAUCCGUGUACCGGCUUCCAGAGGAAACUAAUCUACCAGACCCUGAACUGGAGGUUUCCCAAAGGCCUCCAUGUUGAAACAGUGGAAACUGAAAAGAAGGAGCGUUUUAUACAGAUCAGUAAGGUUGAUGAAGACGAGCGAAGACGGAGGGAACAACAGAAACAGGAGAGAGAGCAGGAGGAACUGAAUGAUGCAGUGGGCUUCUCCAGGGUCGUGCACGCCAUCUCCAAAUCUGGAAAGCUUGUGGUUGGCCACAACAUGCUUCUGGAUGUCAUGCACACAAUCCACCAGUUCUACUGUCCUCUACCUGAGGACCUUAUCGAUUUCAAAGACGUGACCAUGUGUGUCUUCCCCAGGCUUUUGGACACAAAGCUUAUGGCGUCCACUCAGCCUUUCAAGGAGCUGAUCACAAACACAUCGUUGGCUGAGCUGGAGAAACGGCUGAAGGAUGGUCCGUUCAAGCCUCCGAGAGUCGAAUGUUGUGAGGGGUUCCAAAGCUACGACACGGCGACAGAGAUGCUGCAUGAAGCCGGCUACGACGCCUAUAUCACCGGCCUCUGUUUCAUAUCCAUGGCCAACUACCUGGGGUCAUUCCUUACUCCACCCAAAUCUCACAUUUCAGCCAAAUCCAAACUCGUCGAACCGUUUUACAACAAGCUUUUCCUCAUGCGAAUCAUCGACAUCCCCUACCUCAACAUCAGUGGACCAGACUUGCAACCCAAGCGGGAUCACGUUCUCUACGUUACGUUCCCCAAAGAGUGGAAAACCAGCGACCUGUACCAGCUCUUCAGUGCCUUUGGAAACAUUGUGGUGUCGUGGAUCGACGACACGUCGGCAUUCGUCUCUUUGAGUCAGACCGACCAGGUGCAGAUUGCCAUGAACACCAGUGAGUUUGCGGAGAGCUACCGUAUACAGACGUAUGCGGAGUACGUGAGGGCCAAACAGCGCGACCAGAACCCGAGCCGCCGCAGCCGUGUGGAGGGCGGCUGGAGCGAGACGCCAUACUGCACCGCUGCUGCCAUGACGACGGCGGCGGCUUACAACUACACACACAGGUCUCUAACAGGGAAGCGCAGCAUCAGUCCCAUCCAGGAGGAGCAGGGCUCAGAGGGGGGGGAUGAGGUCAGCAGCAGCAGCGCCGGGAGUGGCUGGACCCACUACAGCAACAUGGACAAGGGCUUCAAGAAGAUCAAGAUGGACGGGGGAGGAACGUUUGAAAGUGGGAUUGCACAAACGUACGCUGAUGUUGUGGAGUCCAAGACCACAGACAGUUGGUUUAAACAACCAGCUGUAGGCAGACCCAGCAUGAGCCCAAUUCAGGAGGAGGUGGGACCUGAGGGUGCCAAUGCAGAUGAUUGGCCACAGCCGUCAGCCAAUCCGGGUAAGAAGAACGGUAAACAAAAGAAGAGGAAAUCUGAGGAACCCAUGUCAUCUGGUCUCUUUGAUGUCCCACAGGUCUGGUAGCAGGAUGGGUUUUUUUUUUUUUUUCUUUCUUUCGCGACGUCACUUAAUUUAAGAAACGAACAAAAAAAUACCAUUUAAGGAAAUAGAGUGAAAUAUAACAAAAGCCAUAAAACCUCUUUUGGCACAGCAACUAUGUUGGAGAAUAUUUUGAGUUGUUUGUCGCUGGCUUGUCAAUCACAAAUCCAUAUGUUUGUCCUUGCACCCCAUCCGCUCUUUCUCUAGAGUGUUGGCGCUUCAAGAUCCCCCCCCCUCGUAUAGUCUUUUUUUUUUUUCUCAACUUUUUACCAUUAUCCAUUUCAAAUGGUACAAGCACUUGAUCUGCAAUCUCAAAAAAGGUGCUUUGGGCUUGUCGUCAGCAGAUGACUCUUCGAAUGCUCUAAUUGGAGUAAUCCUUAAUGGUAGAACUUUAAAUCUUUUCUUUAGUUUUAAGUGGUCGCUUUCGAUGUAUGCCUGUGAGGUUCUCUGCAGCACUUAAAGUGUAUCCUACGAAGCACAUGCUUGCUCUCACGUGACCAUGCAUUGUGUGUGCAGAAGGCCACAAGGAAAGGUUAACCAGUUGGGGCACCGCCAACGUGGAAGUAAGAUGUGCUUUGGUGGUCUGGGUCGAGCCUAUUCUAGUUGGAGUGAGAUGAGGGAGAAAGAAAGGGUUUCGUGAAAAAUCAGCCAACGCUUUGACAUGGACCCCCCCAUCAUUUAAAUUCUACUUUUCUCUCCUUAUUAAAAUCCAUUUUCUUUUUAAAACAAACAUAAAAACAACUUUCUGCGUAAUUCAGGAUGUAAGCCAGUCUGUGAGGUGUGCGUGUGUGUGGAUCACGUUUGUGAGCAUUUGUGAGACGGUGUAAAACACAAGUUUAAAAAAAAGGCACCUUGAGUCACAACGAUUUUUGGUUUGUUUUAACUGGAUGUUUUUUGUUUUUCUUUCUCGUGUGUGUGAGUGAGUGCAUGUUCAAACAGUGGAACUUGAUCGAUCCUAAACCUAGUUAUUGUAUCGUCAGGGGUCUGUGAAGUUUUAAAUGCAGUUCAAUAUUUUUUUUUUGUCAUGAUCCUUUUUUUUUUUUUUUUUAAGAAUGAGAAAGUAUACUUCACUUACAGGUCAACUUCCUUUUUAAAAAGUAGAACUCAUUAAUGUCAUUUAAAAAUAGUUCGUAUUUAUUGACCAGUUAAGGAUAAGAAAGAGAUAGACAUGGAUAUUUUUGUAUGUGAAUGUUAAUGUUUUUUUGGACUUCCUAUUAUAAUGCCACUCCCUGCAAAGCACUUGCAAAAAAAGAAAAAUGUCAAAGGAAUGUUUAAAAAAAAAAAAAAGUCAACAUGGAAUAUGUAUACAUGUUUGUGAUGUUUAUUUUCUUCAUUAUUAUUAUCUUUUGUAUGAUCAGCAAAUGUCAAACAUCCUCUUGUUGGGGGGAAAAUAUUAAAGAAUGUUUCUUACUAA